AUGAUUUGGCAGCGAGCGCUGGCAUCGAUUUUCCCAAGAGCAGGCUUGAAACUGCUGGGCACGGAUAUGUGUGAUGAGAAGAUUGAGAUUGCCCGCAAGGGCGAAUAUCCAUGGUACUCUCUGAAGGAAGCUCCCAAUUUUCCAGUGGGCCGAAUGAAAGGCCGACCCAAAGCAGCUGAACGUCUGGAGGCUGCCAAGGCCUUCGCGGAGCAGGACGUGGCGGUGGUGUGGGGUUUCCCCCACGGCGUGAAAUCGGGUGUAAGCUUCAUGAAGCAGGAUGUAACCGAAGAGAUGCCAGAGGGUCCCUUCGACAUCAUUCUCUCACGCUACGCAGUGUGUCUCUACUUGCAAAGUGCACAACUCUUCACUGUUUUAGCAGACAUGGUGCAGCGACUGCGACCGGGCGGCUUCCUGGUGAUUGGUGCCAAGGAGACUCAGAGCGAUCAUUUGCCUAAUGGUUUUUGUGAGAAGUUCGGCCUUACUGCCGUGGACUAUCGUGGAGAGGAGGUGAAUUCCAUUGAGGUUCUUCGGUUCUAUGCGCAGUUCAUGCGGCAGACAGGUGGUGAGCCCUACUGGGUGGCUGAGCGAAAGCAGUUGGAGCGGCAACGCCUGGCCGUCCGCAUGAAUCAGAAGAGCAGAGACUUGAUGCAAAUGGCGCUCGACGAAGGUCGGCGCCAGGCUGAAAGCUUGUUCACCCGCGGCAACAAAACACGGGCAGAAUGGAUGCAGGCUCGGGAAGUCUUCCAAGAGUCCAAGAAGCUUUCCACUGGCAGUUCCAUUCCUAAGGAGGAGCGUGCAACGCGCUUGAAGAGUUUCCUGAAGCGACUGGAGCAGGACGAACGACUUGGCCCCGGACGUGAGGCCAAACUGAUUGGGUCAUGA